AUGGAGGACACAACAUGGGAGCAAAAGCUCCACGCCCUAACCCACAUCCUAACAACCCCCACAACCACACCAUCUCUCCACUCUCAGUUCUUCAUCGCCACCCAAAUCCCAUGCUACCUCAACUGGGACUACCCACCAAUCCUCUGCUCAAACCCAUCUCUUGUCCAAAAAUGGAAACUCUCGUUCUUCCUCAAAAGGGUCGCCACAAUGGGUAUUCCUGAAACUUCUUGGAGGUCCAAGUGUCCGUUCCAGCAACCUCUGCCGUUGAUUCUUGCUAAAGGAGUGGAGGAGGCACAGUGGGGAAAUGAAGAGACGAAGGGUUAUGCUAGGAAGAGGUUUUCUAGGAAACGAAUUGGUAGAGAUGUUAAUCCUGUUUUGAUCGUUUGGUUGCCUAGUGUUUUGUUGGUGGUGGUUUUGUCACGGUAUGUAUUCGAUUAG